UGAGACUUUCCUGGCUCAAUGUUCCUGGUUCUCUGACCUCAGAUACCAAAGAACGAUUGCAUAUUGGGAUUGGGAUUCAGAAAGAGGGUCAAGGAUUCCCAGGGGCGAUUUUGGCAAGAUGAGCCAAUCCAGACGACUGUAUUGCUGUCGAGGGACUGAACACCUCCUGCCCUCCCACAAUCAUUCCACCCCAUCUCAGCCCCGGCUAGAGCGAAGAGCAGAAAAGUAGCACGGCCCGGAGAUGACCCGCACUGUUCAGGAGGCUGUGCAGCAGUGCGUGAAUCUGCCGUGCUUCUUGACCCGGUCGUACUCAUAGUGGCUGCUUAUACGCUUAAAGAUCGCGUUUUUCAGACCUGGCGCUUGCUCUCCGGUCUCCGUGGCCGCCCCACGUGAGCUGGCAAGCAAUGGUUGUAGAUCCGAGAGACUGCGAAUCGAUCCUCAUGAAGAAAUCCAAGUCUAGAAAUCUAGCUACCUGAAUUUGUACCUGCCUCAGGGUCCCUAACACUGGCCAGAUUUUCUGAGCUAGAUGCCCUGACUCCACCCGCGGGUGCCGCAGCCUGUGGGACACUGGAAAUAGCGUAAUAGUUUCAUGUCACUUCUUUCCACCUUAGUUUCUUCCUCUGUCAAACGGGGUUAAUGCUAUGUGAGCUUCCUCUGUCAAAGAGAGUUGUGGGAAUCAAAUUAGGUAACAGGUAAAGCGCUUUGCAAAUCUUAAAGCGAUCUAUAAACGCGAAUUCUUUUUACAUUGUUAUUAUUCAGCGUAGAAGGAAAUCGAGUCCCAAAGAGGUUAAGGAAUUUGUCCAGAAUCACAGAUCUGGGCCUUGACCCUGGUCCCCUGCGAUCUGAACCAUUGCUCCUUCCGCUCGGAGUGACUCAGAUCCACAAGAGCUAAAAUCACUUCAAAUUCUUCAUCUAUAGCCCUAGGGGCCUUCUCCCGGCCUCAGUAGCUUUAUCUGUUAAAUGGGGUUAACUCCUGUCCUAACUUCCCUGAGGGUCUCAGUAAGUCUGUUAGCGCUAUACAAACCGGGACUUAAACAAAAAACAAAUAAACUGUAUGGCUCACAUCUCAGGUAUCAUGGGAAAGAGGGAGGAAGGAACUUCGGGGCCGCCGCGAACAGAGCCACUCUUGGUCCGGGACGUUGCUGCGUCGGCUUGCUGCGUACUCCCACGUCUGUGUGGCAAAAGGCUUCCACUCCCACAGAGCCUUCCCCCUUGGACUUGAGGGGAGGGAUACGGAACCCGGGCGGGCAGGGGGUCUCAAAGAGAGCUCAGGCCUUGCUUUCCUGUCUCCCCCACCCCCUUCUCACCCCAACCCGCUUGCAGAACCUCUUUCUUCCAGGCUAAGGGAAGGAGUGGGCAUUCUUCCCCGGGCCUUCUGAGAAGGACGUCUGCCCAGGUGGGCGCGUUCAGCAGCGGUCUGGCAGUAGUAAAAAGAGUCGAAGACAUAAGGUGUAAGGAGACCCUGAAUUCGAGUUCCGACGCCUUCGUUAGCUCUCUAUUAAGCUUCGGAAAGACCCCCUUCUUUUCCAUGGGCUUCAAUUUUCUUCUCUGUGAUAACUCACUUGUUAAAAAAAAUUUUUUUUAUAGCGCUGCCAUUACUCGGGGUUAUUUUGAAGGUCAAAUGAAAUCAUUCUUUAGCUACAUUUGCUAUCUCCCUGAGCUCUGUGCACAGCAUUUCGCAUACAAAAGGAUCUUAAUAAGUAUUUGUUGAAAAGAUAGAAAAUCACGGAGAUACCUAUGCCACCUGCAUACGUAUGUGUAUAUCUGUACAUUUUGUGUCGGUGACUGUGUAUACCCGCCCACCUAAGUUUUGGACCCGUGAUUCCGUCUGGGUAAGGAAUUCUCAGGGUCGGUACUGGGUCCACAUCAGCAAGUCAGCAACCCGUCGGUAACUUACAACGGCGCUUGGAGCCACUCAGAGAUUGUGGUUUGCCACUCAAAUAGAAUAAGAAAGAUCGAGGACUUGAUCCCAGGUCUUCCUGAAGCUCAGACUAGUCUUCUAUUCACCACUCUUAGUUGAAUACUAGUUCACAUUUCUAUCUUUUUUAAGAUUGACAAAGCUCUUUCCUUUUUAGCAGCCUUGUGAAACAGGACAGAGAUUUUUGUGCCCAUUAUGCAGAUGAAGCAACUCGAGAGAGGGGAAGUGACCUGUGUAAACUAUUAGCGUUGGAAAGGAGUUUAGAGGUCAUCUAAUCCACCCCUAUCCACCUUUUACAGAUGAGGAAACUGAAGCAUAGAGAGACUAAAAGUGAUCACUAAACUAGUAGGGGUAUAUAAAGGGAUGCAUGUUUGUUGUUAUUGUUGUAACAGAACUAGCCGAGUCCUAAUCUAGGCUCUUCUCCUCUUUUCUCUCUGCCUCAACCGAAGUUCUCAUCAAAUGCUCGAAGCAUCAUUCUUCAAAGGGUUCAGUUCAGGGCUUUUCUGAAUCCCGGGGUUAUUUUUUUCCUAAGCUACCUGGAAAUGGAGUAUGGCUCCAUUCCUAACGGGCAACGUUUCUCCCCGUUCUGGUGCCUUACCUUCUCUAGGACGAAGGGUUAGAGUAAGUGUAUCUCCUCCCACAUCUUCACACCCAUUGCUCUCAGACCUUUCCCCACUCCCCCAAAUGAGUAAACGUUGAAGAUGUAAGAACAAAAACUUCCAAAUCAAACAAAACCAAGAGUCCAGCAGCAGCCUUUUAGUUGGUCAGGCUUGCAAACAAACAGUCCAAAGAUUGCUGGUUUGUGCCCAGUAAGGGUAUACACUGAUAGGGAUUUAUUUUACUCCCUUCUUUUCCCCAAAGGUAAAGCAGACUCAGGGAAGGCUGUGGAGUUUAUUCUUCAGGCCCUCGGAUGCUUGGAGCAUGGAAUCUCUGAGUAGCCCAAAUUUUCUCUGUCACAGAAGGGAAGGGAGGGACAUGCAGAUCCCAGAGCUGGGGAAUUCAACUCAGAGAAGGGUUCUUGGAUCUGAGGACUGGAAGAAAUCUUGGAACCUAGAGUAUUAAGACUGAAAAGACCCUUAAAAGAGCCAGAGGUCAUCCGAACUGAAAAGAACGUUAACAUUAUAAAGGACUUUAAAUUAGAGACCAUGGAAACUAAAGAAGAAAAAGCACCAUAGAACAUAGAAUGUUCGAGCUUAGAACAUAGGAACUUGGAAAUGCAAGGGACUUUAGAGAUUCUGUUUUCUGACGAUCAUUUUUUUUCUUCAGAAAAGAAAGCCAUGGGUCCAACACUAUUAAGUGAUUUACCCAAGAUAGCAUAGGUCUUGGGUACCAAGCAGAGGGCGCGAGUUAGGUCCGAGAAUCUGGUACCCCGGCCCAUCCUUUUUGAGUCUACCUAGAAAAGGAAUACCGUAUUUAUAGGUGUAUGAGACAUGCCAAGAGUCUCCAUUUGCAAGAGAAAUCUGGGGGCUCCCCUGCCGCGCAGAAUCACGGUCCCCAGGCAGUGCAAGCUCUUCUGAAAAUGGGGGUCGCUGUGGACAGUGAUGUGGCGGCUUAGAUGUAGAGGCGAGUGUGUUCUGUAGGGCUUUUUCCCCCUCCCCCCUCUAAGGAGGAAGCGGAGGCCGGGGCCGGGGGGCGGAGAAGAGCUCCCCAGAUGGAAGCCGCCCAGGAGAGCCCUGCGCCCCCGCCCCCAGGGGCUGUCAGCACCGCGGAGCCGACUCUCCCCGGAGCUGAACCGUAGCGCUGAUUAUCAGCUGCCGGACGGGGUGCGGCUUGUAGCCGGCCGGUCUUCGUCUGGGCAGGCAGCCGCCGAGGGCAUGGACUAUUCGUACGACGAAGACCUGGACGAGCUUUGCCCAGUGUGCGGGGACAAGGUGUCCGGAUACCACUAUGGGCUACUCACCUGUGAGAGCUGUAAGGGGUUCUUUAAGCGCACCGUACAGAAUAACAAACACUACACGUGCACCGAGAGCCAGAACUGCAAGAUUGACAAAACACAGCGUAAACGAUGCCCCUACUGCCGCUUCCAGAAGUGCCUGACUGUGGGGAUGCGGCUGGAAGCUGUGCGGGCAGAUCGAAUGCGAGGUGGGAGAAACAAGUUUGGCCCCAUGUACAAGCGAGAUCGUGCCUUAAAGCAGCAGAAGAAGGCCCUGAUCCGGGCCAAUGGAUUCAAGCUCGAGACGGGUCCACCCAUGGGACCUCCUCCACAAACUGACUACCCCCUGCCACCGACCCUCCACCCAGGGGCCAAAGGCUUGGCACCUGCCCCACCUGCAGGGCCACCUGGUGACUAUGAUCGGGGCCCCUAUGGCCCACCAGCUCUGCCGAUGGCAGUGCCCACUCACGGUCCCUUGGCUGGCUACCUCUACCCUGCCUUCCCUGGCCGUGCCAUCAAGUCAGAGUACCCAGAGCCCUAUGCCAGCCCCCAUGACCCAGCCCCACCCUACGGCUAUCCAGAGCCAUACCCCAGUGGCCCUGGCCUGCCUGGGGUCCCAGAGCUCAUCCUCAAACUGCUGCAGCUAGAACCUGAUGAGGGCCAGCUCAAGGCCCGCAUCCUGGCCUGUCUACAGGAGCCUGCCAAGGGCCGGCCUGACAGGCCCACACCUUUUGGCCUCAUGUGCAAGAUGGCGGACCAGACACUCUUCUCAAUUGUUGAAUGGGCUCGGAGCUGUGUAGUCUUCAAGGAGUUGGAGGUGGCUGACCAGAUGAAGCUUCUGCAGAACUGUUGGAGUGAGCUACUUGUCUUUGACCACAUCUACAGACAGAUCCAGCAUGGGAAGGAGGGGAGCAUUUUGCUGGUCACUGGCCAGGAGGUGGACUUGGCAACAGUGGCAGCCCAGGCAGGAUCUCUUCUCCACAGCCUAGUGCUUCGGGCCCAGGAGCUUGUCCGGCAGCUUCACUCUCUACAGGUCGACAAGCAGGAAUUUGUCUGCUUGAAGUUUCUCAUCCUCUUCAGCCUUGAUGUGAAGUUCCUGGAGAAUCACAGCCUGGCAAAGGAUGCACAAGAGAAGGCCAACGCAGCCCUGCUGGAUUACACCAUGUGCCAUUACCCACACUGUGGUGACAAGUUCCGGCAGCUGCUCCUGCGCCUGGCCGAAGUGCGUUCUCUCAGCAUGCAGGCGGAGGAGUAUCUCUACCACAAGCACCUAGGUGGGGAGGUCCCCUGCAACAACCUGCUCAUCGAGAUGCUGCAUGCCAAGCGGACUUGAGCCUCUGGCCCGGCCCUGUCCGGCCCCAGGGACUCUCAGAGGAGCUGGGAUCGAGGCCAUGGGCCAGGGGAGGGUGGCCUUGGUUCUAUCUGGAGAUGAUUUAUUUUAUUAUCACAAGGCUGGUGGGUCUUACUUUUUGGCACUGCUCCAUUCCUGCCCUCCCAGGGACAUGCUCCCUGACCAGUGUUUGGGAAAGUAGGGGAGGGGGGAUGGCCUGGAUCCCUGGUGUAUGUGUGUAUGUAUAUUGUGUGUGAGCACAUGUGCCCAUGUGUGCCUGCAACUUCCAGGCCCCUGGCUGAUGUCCUGGGAGGUCAAAUCUUGGCUUUGCUACUUGCUUUCCGUGUGACGUUGGGAAGUCCAUUCCCCGCCCUAGGACUUGGUUUCCCUCUCUGUAAAAUGAAGUGGUUGGACUAGACGAUCUCUAAGACCCCUUCCAGGUCUACAUUCUAGGAUUCUAUGGUAAUUACCCUGGAGAGUUGAUGGGAUAGAAAGAGCUCUGACCCCAGAGUCACAAGGCCAGAGUUCUAGUUCUGGCCCUAAUGCUAACUCAUUGUGUGGCAUUGGGCAAGUCAGUUUCCUUCUCUGUGCCUCAGUUUCCACCUCUGUAAAAUGAAGAUGAGAUAAUUUUGGGUGUCUUUUCUAGCCCUACCCUUUUCUUCUUCUAUACAGCCCCUGCCCCUCUAGAGAUCCUGCUUAGCCCAGUGACUGACAGGCUAAGCUGCCUCCCUGCCAGCCACCAGCCCUGAGCUCUCAGGGGAGAUGUGGCACAUUCUCUCUAUUCCAUCCUGAUCUUUAUGCCGAGGGGCUGAAACACCAGGACUGGGUUGGAGGGGAUGUGGUGUUACUUCACAGGGAAUCCUUUCUCCUUAGUCUCAGCCUCCCUAUGGGACAGACCCAGACUUCAUAAUACCCCCAGCCACAGGGAGAAGAUAGGAGAGAGGAAAAGAGGGGGCAGAGAAUCUCCUCAGUGUAAAGAUGAGAGAAAGCCCCCAGCAUAUCAUGCAUUUGUCUGAUUUUUUCAUAAACCCUUAAGAAAUCAUAGAAUGAGUAGGAGCAGGGUGGGAAGCAGACCCUGAUUCGUAGACCUUGUUAUUUUAGCAAUAAAAGUGUCAUGCCGGCAGAGGCUCAUGGGGGGCAGCAGGAACUUGGAAACCAGCUUGGACAGGAAGCCCCCUGACUUCCCUCAUGAAAAUAUUCCAUCCUCUUAGGUGGUAAAUCUAGGCUGACAUUACCUGUAAGGCUUCAGAAGAGGACUGCUCUUCUCAAUGUUUCCAUCACUCCUUGAGAGGGAGAUGGAGUUCUCUGUGGGAGCGAUCUGGGGACAAACCUAGGAUCUGAGGAGAGGGAGGGGAGAGAGUUUAGAGUUGGCAUCCACUGCAAGAUCCCUUAUUGCUGUUAUAUCUCCAUCCCCAACAUCUUCAUUCUUCCCUAGCUCCAUUAUGGAGUUGGCAAUCAUCUCUGCAGCCCUUUUAAUUACAGGGAGUUGAUGUUUUCCUAUCCAGAGCAGACUCGUUCCUCUUGGCCUUGGAGGACAGACAAUUUUAGGAGUAGUGGGUAGAAAUUGCAGAAAGACAGAUUUAGGAGUUCCCUAAGGAAUAACAUCCUCAUAGCUAGGGCUGGGCUGACCAGAUGUCCAAUGGAUUUCCCAUUCCUGGAGGGCUUCAUGUAAAAUAUGGAUGACCAAUUUGUUGGGGACAUUGUGGAGGGGAUUCAUCUUCAGGAAUGAUGGGGGGAGUCCUCUGACCAGGUGACCUUGGGGUCCUGUCUAGCUCAGAAAUUACACAAUUCAAGAUGGUCAGGAUCUCUUGCCUGCCUUCAUCCCCCAAGGGAAUGCUAGAUCUUUAGGGGGUAGUUUGGCCCCUAGAAGGGUUCUUAGUGGUGUGUGUGUGUGUGUGUGUGUGUGUGUGUGUGUGUGUGUGUGUGUGUAUGAAGUGAAAGAAGUCCUGAGCUUGUGAGGCCUCUGCUAAUGUGGAGAUACACUGGUCCAUUGAGGAGGGCAGAGGUCAGUCUCUUUUCUGUCUGUCUUGUAGACAUCCAGGAAGAAAACAGGUUGUCAAGGAGCACUGUUUGCCCCCCCCCCCCCGGAUCUUUUUCUCCUUUUAUGGGCUGGGGGAAACAAAAGCAAUGUUGAGGCAAAGGGCUGGGGAAUGAGUGCUCUAGCACCUGCCAAUCAUAAUACUCAUCUGCCUGGUACUGGUCUGCUUGCCCUUCCCCUUCUGGGAUCUAUCCUGAAGCCUCUGUCUCCUCUUUUGCGUUGUGCUCUCAGUGGCCCAGAGCCUUUGUAGAUCUGUCCUCAACCCCAGUUCCCUGGCACCACCCUCUGUCCCUCCAUCUGCCUAAUUUACCAGGGCUGGGCUGGGAAGCUAGGUGGGGUGAGGCAGGAGGACUUCAGAACAAGACAGUGCAUGAAUAGAUGAACCAGGGGCUUUCCCCCUAGAGCCUUCCUUGCUGCCAUUUGCCUGAACCUGAACUUUGGUUCAAAAGCAUGGGUGUUUUUUCCUCCCUGUCUGUCAGUCUCUGUCUGUGAUUCAAUCCCCACUGAACGGCGGUCCAUUGAAGAGCUGGUGACUGGCGGAUGGGAGACACACACUGUGUCCUCUUUCUGGAAAACAAGAAGUGCCCUUAAGUGUCUCCCCCUCCCCAGUGGGAAGGUCUCUACCCUUCUCCCCUCCUCCAAUAAAUUUUGCAAUUGGUUUGAAA